GUUUCGUUGGCUUCUCACAGUCGUAUAAAAAGGAAUGAUGGAAAGCAUUAGUCGUACUGACCACUGGAUUGAUCAGUAUCACGUAGAUUUGAUGUCUCGAAAAUUACUAGUCUCUGUUUUCAUGAUCCUGAGCCGAGAAUAAUGGAACACAUUGUUGCUAACGUAACGUCAACGCUGGAGCUGUUGUCCCUCAACUCAACAUCAGAAACACUGAUGAAUCAUGUUGCAACGAUGGGACCUAAGGCCGCCCGACAGUGGAUGCGCUACAGCAAUCAGACUGUCGCUGACAAAGUACCCGAGGAAAUGCUGAGUUUGAUUGAUCCCCAUUGGUAUCAAUUUCCCCCGAUGGAUCCACUCUGGCAUAAAUUACUGGGGUUGGUGAUGAUUGUCAUUGGAAUACUGGGCUGGUCUGGCAAUGGCGUCGUAGUUUACAUAUUUUUAUUUACCCCAUCGUUGAGAACACCGUCCAAUCUCCUGGUUAUCAAUCUGGCUUUUUCCGAUUUUCUCAUGAUGAUUAUACAGUCCCCUCCAAUGGUAGUUAAUUGUUGGUACGAGACGUGGGUACUGGGUCCCCUGAUGUGUGACAUCUACGCAAUGGUGGGUUCCCUCUGUGGUGGUGCAUCCAUAUGGACAAUGACAGCAAUAGCCUACGAUCGUUACAACGUCAUCGUCAAGGGAAUGUCGGGGACACCAUUGACGAUAACCAGAGCCCUCAUUCAGAUCCUCAUAAUCUGGUCUUUCUCCUUCCUCUGGACAAUACUGCCCAUGUUGGGGUGGAAUCGAUACGUUCCUGAGGGCAACAUGACCGCCUGUGGCACCGAUUAUCUCACCAAGGACUGGGUGUCAAGAUCCUACAUUCUCGUUUACAGUGUCUUCGUUUACUACACACCAUUAUUCACGAUAAUCUACAGCUACUGGUUCAUCGUAUCCGCAGUUGCUGCUCAUGAGAAGGCGAUGAGAGAGCAAGCCAAGAAGAUGAAUGUCGCUUCUCUGAGAAGUGGUGAACAGGACUCCACUAGUGCUGAAGCUAAAUUGGCUAAAGUUGCUUUGACAACGAUAUCUUUGUGGUUUAUGGCGUGGACACCAUAUCUUGUCAUUAAUUACACGGGAAUUUUUGAAACAGCGACAAUCAGCCCACUGUUUACUAUCUGGGGAUCACUCUUCGCUAAGACCAAUGCCUGCUACAAUCCCAUUGUCUAUGGUAUCAGUCAUCCCAAGUACAGAGCAGCUCUUCAGCAAAAGUUACCCUGCUUUGUCUGUGGAACGACUGAACAGACGAAAAGUGGAGGUGGUGAUACAGCUUCCCAGACUACUACAGCUACGGGAAAGGCUUAGAAUUUAUAGUUAAACCAAAUCGUCUAUUCUCGUGUGGAGUUAGAUUUCGGGAUCAUAUUUCUAUGGUUUUCAUCGUCAAAUUGUUGAUUCUUCAUUUUUUUUUCGAGGGAAUUGGAUAUUUUGGAACGUCUGUCACAGGGUUUUUACAUCGACCCGAAGGCGAUGUCAUACGAUAUUUUUCCUCAGUGAUUUUCACUUCUUCAGGGAAGUUCAGGGAAGGGCCUAUGCCAAUCCCAGGAUGAGGAAAAGGGAAAAUCAGUAGGGAAACGUCGAUUUCACGAUGAGAGAAACAUGAAAUUUGGGUACAAAUAAUAAAAACGAAGUAUUUCACCGCAGAAAUCAAGAUAUUCUUUGAUUUGACAAAUGAAAGGGAAAAAAAUUGGGAGAUACAGAAGGGCAGAUGCCCUUUGUAUUUUUUUUUUGUUAAACUGAGGGCUACGCCCUUUACUCAACUCUCCAGGGGGCUGGGCCCCCCUUUUGCAUUUAUCUGCAAUUUUUUUUUUCCCUCAAAAUGGAAUUUUUGUUAGUUGAGGCGAUACUCACAAUCGAAUGUGAUAAAUCAAUUCUUUACCCCAAUUUUCCCCUUCUACCCCCUCCCCUCCCCUUUUCCACCCUUUCCUAAUUUCUCUUGCACCCCUGAAAAGCUGAAAAACUCUUUCCUGAGUUUUUACACAUUUUUUUAUAAUAAUAUAAAGAAAUGUUGGUGUUGAAUAUCUUCAAAGUGAACUUAACAAACUGAUGAACAAUGAUAAUGUUCCUGAGGAAAUAUUGAAAUGAUAAAAUCAGUUGUUGCUUCAAGGGUUGAUUUAAUAUUACAAAAUUCAAGACAGAUACAACGAUGGUGCCAAUCCAAUGGACUGCUAUUUUCCACACGCAUUUCAGUAUCAAGAGGGAAAAAAAUAACGUUCCAUCUGAUUGUCAAAUAACAAUUGAAUCAAAUUGUGGUGCAAAAUAA